GUCUCAUUUAGUGAGUAAAUAGUCCGUGUAUACAAGUCAAGAUGGACGACGAAACAGCAGCUGGCACCGAUAAUAUCGUUGCAGAAUUCAACACAUAUGAAGAGUUUUUGGACUCACAGAUCACCUCUUUUGAUCUAUACUAUUUAGAGGACCAAGAACUAGCGAGGCAGUUAGUUGAGCUUGGUUAUCGUGGCAGUGGUGAGGUGCUGAAGCGGGAGGAGUUUGAAGCCAGGAAGGCUGCCGCGGAGGCCAGCAGACUUUCAAAGCGCAGUCAGCAAAAGACUCUAGCUAGUACGGGCAAAGAGCUGAAAGAUCCUUUUCUCCGAGCUUUGGCAACACGAGAAGAAGCAAACAGAAGCGGGAAGAUGACAACAAUUAUAUUCAUUCGUGACAAAAAUGCACGAGGUCAGGAAAUAUCAGGAUAUAUUGAUUAUGCUUAUCGCCUGAAAACUGAAGAUUUUGAGCCAUACUUCGUAGGUAGAAAACGACUUCUGCCCAGAGCCUCAGACUUGAGUUUUUACAAUUGGGAAACACAAACCUCUACUUCCAAUCCAACACCAAACUACCAAGUCAUUGCUGAGAAUGCUUCUGGACUUCUGUUUAAGAAUAAGCGGGAUCGUAAAAUUAUCAAUGUAGACCCCAAGGCACUAACACCAGGCGACAACUCAACCAGAACUGUUGUGGAGACUCCCAAGUACAUCCAGGUUGUUAUCUAUGACCACAUUACACGCAGGAAGACAUGAACAGGUUUUAGGUGAAAUAUACAAGAAUGUUUAUAAAGGUAGUGGAGAGACUUUUCUGUUGCUGCUUUAAGGCACAUAUUUUACAUAUCAAGGACAAUAUUAACAAAGGUGAGAAUUUUAAAUGUGUAAAUACACAUGUAAAUAAAUAUUGUUUGUUUAAUGAA